AUGGCCGGUCUUCUCCAGCAGAUUGUCGAAAUUCUCCAGACCUCGACAAUUGCCGAGGAAAGAGGAAAGGAUGUCCGGUCUAAAUUUUGGGCCGCAUACAAAAGAGUUUCCGGCGAAUAUGAUGACAACAUGCUAGAAAUGUGCAAUAGCAAUAUGGAUAUAAUCUUGAUAUUUGCUGGUCUGUUCUCUGCCGCCAAUACUGCGUUCAUCAUUGCGAUGCAGCCGAAUCCUGUCGAUACCACCAACGCUCUUCUGCUCCAGCUUAUUCAAAUCAGCCUCCACGGUCCCUCUGCGGCCCAGCAAACGAUCCUUUCUCCUUCCACUGACUACUCUUCCAACUUCUGGACCCAAGCGCUUGCGUACACGAGCCUCUCCCUCAGUCUUCUCGCUGCCUUCGGUGCUGUCCUAGGCAAGCAAUGG